CCGCGGUGUUGAAGCGGUGGAGCCGACAUGGCGCGGAGCCCCGGGGAGGGCAACGCGUCCCCAUCCGCCAGUUUACGAGGUACUAGGGAGACUCUGAGUGACUCCGAACUAGAGUCUGUGGGCUCAGACUCCGAGAUCAACGGGUAUGUAGCAGAAAGGAGGACCGACCGGUACGGCUUUCUUGUGAAACCAGAGUCCCAGGGAGAACCGCAGGACGAUUUACCGGUGGAGGUGCUGAGGCAGAGGGAGGCAAAAUGGCUGGACAUGCUGUCAAACUGGGAUAAAUGGAUGGCAAAGAAACACAAAAAGAUAAAGCUGCGAUGUCAGAAGGGUAUCCCUCCUUCACUGCGUGGCCGUGCUUGGCAAUACCUUUCGGGAAGCAAAGUUAAGAUGAAUCAAAGCCCCAAUAAAUUCAUUGAGCUGGACUCCAUGACAGGUGAUCCCAAAUGGCUGGAUGUCAUAGAAAGAGAUCUACACAGGCAGUUUCCAUUCCAUGAAAUGUUCGUUGCUCGAGGGGGGCAUGGCCAACAGGAUCUAUUUAGGGUUCUCAAAGCAUAUACGCUGUACCGCCCCGAGGAAGGAUACUGCCAAGCACAGGCUCCUAUAGCAGCUGUCUUACUCAUGCAUAUGCCAGCAGAGCAAGCCUUCUGGUGUUUGGUGCAGAUCUGUGACAAGUACCUGCCAGGGUAUUACAGUGAGAAGUUGGAAGCUAUUCAACUGGAUGGAAGGAUUCUCUUCUCACUGCUCCGCAAAGUGUCACCUGUGGCCUACAAGCACCUAAGCAAGUACAAAAUCGAUCCAAUCCUAUACAUGACGGAAUGGUUCAUGUGCGCUUUCUCACGCACGCUCCCUUGGAGUUCUGUCCUGCGUGUCUGGGACAUGUUUUUUUGUGAAGGUGUUAAAAUAAUAUUUCGCGUUGCGUUGGUUCUUCUGAAAUACACUAUUGGCUCUUCUGAGAAACUCAAAACCUGUCAGGGUCAGUACGAGACCAUGGAAAAGCUAAAGGCUAUCGAACCUCAAUACAUGUAUGAGGGUUUCCUAAUUGCAGAGAUAUUAGACAUUCCAAUUACAGAACGAGAUAUAGAACGUGAGCAUCUAAUUCAGCUGAAGAAGUGGAAAGAAGAAUUUGGGGAGCUACAGUACAAAUGCCCUUCCCGCAUGCAUGGGUCCAAGGCUAUUAGUGAUUCUGAAACUGCAAGCCACAAGCUAUUGACACACUCUCCUUCUAUCAUUCUUCCUCCCGAUACAGCCACAGGACGGAAAAACAAGAAGCAUGAGGAGAAAGAACAGGAGAAACAAAAAGCCAAGGAAACAAAAGAGAAGGAAAAACAGGAAAAAGAGAGAAAGAAACUAGAGAAGAAGAAAAAGGGCAAAGGAGACCAAUCUAAUGGAGCAGUAAAGGAGGAAAAUGGAGGAGGAGGGACUAUAGACCACCGGCAGGAACCGGAACAGUCUCUGAUCCCUAAGCAAUCCCUAAAUGCAGCAAUUAAAAUGCACCAAUCCAAUGAGAGCUUGUGCUCUAAGGAAAGUGAAGACACCUAUUUAUAAAGUGUUUCCGCAUUUAGAAAAUGUAGGGAUACAAUCACCUUUCCUCUCUCCUAGGUGUCUCCAUCAGGCAUCCUGUAAGCUUCCACACACUACCCUCUAAAUCACAGCUAUAUUGUGUAAUAGCUUCAAAGUGACAGUGAGUAAAAGUGAGGGAAGGUAAACCUUUAUGGAACUGGGAGGUGUAGAAACUAAUCUGGAUGGAUAAUAUUUGCACAUGGUAGGAAUUUAUGGAUUAUAAACAUAGGACUGUACCGAGUUUACAACCAUGCCACAUAUAACCAUACUUUAGUAAGCUAUGGUUUGAACCUAACACUGAAAGCCUGUUCUGCCUGAGAAUUUUUUCCCAAGGCUCAACAGAAAUGAGCAGUAAAAUUCGGGCCACAAAGGGCAGUUGGAGAAAUGUCAUCCACUGUAGACUGUAAGAUAAUUUUCUGAUUAUGACUGGUGUCACUGUAAGAGGUGCCGAGUGCGCUCCCUGUACCAUUCCAGAUGUCUGACUGCUAAGAGCAGAACAUCAUCUACUAUGCACAAAGAUCUUAUUGUUUUCUUUUUCCAUGGGACCAACAAGAGAAGCUACAACAUGAGGGCUCUCUUCCUUCAUCCCACAGACACUCAUUGUACCAAUAAAUGGAUUAAAAGAAUAGGAAUCUUGCACCAUAUUCCGGUACAAUGGAGUGUUUGUACUCUUGCCAUGUCCAGUCUUAAAAGAGGAAAUCUAAACUUGUAGUCAAGGAAAUAAAGGAUAUACAUUCAACAUUACCUGAUCGACACUAUCUACCCCCUCCUGACACUACAGGAUAGGGUUUGUAUUACAGAAUGUAUUAUAUUGUUAUACUAAACACAGCCAAGCAAAAAAAAUAUUUAUUUAUCUAUGGUAUUAGCUGUUGCAAAAAAAGCAAAUAAAGAAGCUUGCCAAUAUUUAGAUUUAAAAUAAAAGGAUUGUUUCCUGUUAAAAAAUA